AUGGGUACGCUCUCGUCCAAUCUCCGACGCGGCGGCUCCUCGACCCGUGACGCCAUAGCCCAGCGAUCCGGUCCCAUCUUCACCCAACCUCAAGCCAACAUGGCUGCCGCCGCCCAUGCGAGAAGCCAAGGAAUCGACAUGACGCGCGACGAGAGCGUCGAGUCGGCGCCAGACGACUACCCGUUGCCCGUAAUUUACCAGGAUGAGGAUCUUCGCUCCGUCAUCAAGAAGCUGUCAUUAUACUUUCGCUCCGUCAUCGAGCUCCCGAGCACCUUUGAGCAGCUCCGCACCACGCAUGCCGGCGCCUGCCUGAACGACCUGGCUAAGCACCUCGCCGAGACGUGCCAGAACCCGCUAAUCGUGAAUGCCCUGCUGCGUGAGCAGACGCUCGGCGAGUCCCGCGCCGCCGCCUGCGAGAUCGUCGCCUGGCGCUUCCUCGCCCUGCUGAACGACGCCGACGCCAUGCGCUUCUGCCUGCGCGAGAUUCCCGAUCCGCGCCGGCCAUCGCGCGAGGACCGCGGCAGUGGCGGUGGUGGAAGUCGCUGCUCCCCCCGCCCCGACGAUGAGGAGUCGUCUCUGCUGCUACCGCCGCCCGCGCCCGCACUCGCGCCGCGCCCCCGUACCGAGCCAAACGGCGACCACAGCCUCCACCACCGCCGGUAUGCCCAGGCGGGAAGCGCAUCGUCCCGCCGAUCCCUUCGGCCGAGCUCCUUUGCGCAUCUCGUAGUCGACGACGACGACGACGCCACCACCUGGGCGGACGGCGAGGCCGACCCGGCCGUCGCCUUCCGCUCGCUCAACGCGCUCGAGAUCGCCGUCGUCGCCAGCGCCAAGCGCUUCCUCGGCCGCCGCUCGGUGCAGCGCAUCGUCACCGGCAUCUGGCACGGCGACAUCGUCUUUUGGGACUCGCUCUCCGUGCGCGCCGCCAAGACGCCGCGCCUCUACGAUCCGCGCCGCGCCGCCUCCACCGACGCCUACUCUCGCCUGCGCGUCCCCAAGUACCUCAAGACGUUUGAGGCCUUCUUCUUCCUCAUCUUCCUCUACCUCUACUACACGGUGCUCAUCCGCCGCGUGACGGAGCGCAUCACCGCCGCCGAGGGCGUGCUGUGGGUGUGGAUCGCGGCGUUUUGCUACGACGAGUUUAGCGAGUGGCUCGACGCCGGCUCCGUCUUUUACGUGACCGACGUCUGGAACGUGUGCGACCUCAUUAUGAUGUUGUUGGGGUGCGUCUUUGCAGCGCUCAGAAUCACUGGUGUCGUGCAGGAUAGCGCGGCCAUCAACAACAUGGCCUUUGACAUUCUCGCACUCGAGGCCCUCUUUCUCGUGCCCCGAAUGUGCUCCAUCCUCUCCCUGAACCCCUCGUGGGGCAUCCUCAUCCCGUGCCUCAAAGAAAUGACCAUGGACUUUCUCAAGUUCAUGGUCAUCAUCCUCAUCAUCUACUGCGGCUUCCUCACUACCUUCUCCCUCCUCGGCCGCGACCACUUCUCGCUGAUGCGCAUGGCCGGCGUGCUCGGCAAGAUCUUCUUCGGUUCCAGCUACGUCGGCUUCGACAUCAUGCGCGACAUCGACCCCUACCUCGGCCCGCCCCUCAUGAUCGUCUUCAUCACCAUGUCCACCUUCCUGCUCAUGGGCUCGCUCGCGGGCCUGCUCGCUAACAGCUUCGCGCGCGUCAUGAGCGAGGCGCAUGCCGAGUACGUCUACGUGUACAGCGUCUACGUGCUCGAGGCCGCUACUAGCAACCGCCUCACCCACUUCUACCCGCCCUUCAACCUGCUCGCCCUGCUCGUCUUCCGCCCCUGGCGCCUCGUCCUCCGCGGCGACGACGACGCCCUCCGCGGCGGCCGCAUCUGGCUGCUCAAGGUCACCCAUGCGCCCAUCGUCGCCGUCAUCCGUCUCUACGAGGUGCUGGUGCCCCGCGGCGGCGCCGUUGACGGCCUGCCCCGGCUGGUAGGGUCCAUACUGGACGUGCCUGGCGGCGAUGGGCGGACGGAGUCGUGGAUCGACGUGGAUAGAACAGAUAGGGGACACAGACGUGCGCGACGCCGUCGGCCGGUGUCGCAGGAAAGAACGGCGGUUGAGCAAGACCUGGGAGGAGUGGAUCGUGUUGCGCUGGAAGUACAGAUUGGGGACCUGAGCAGGAAGUUGGACAAAUUGACUGAACUUGUUGUGGAGAUGAAGCGGAGAGAAGAGUUUCGCUAUGACAAGGACGAUAUUGAGUAA